UUCAAUGGUAAAGAGUGACUAGGUUAACACGGCAUGUUACAUCCAAAUCAAUAAAUUUUACAAAUAUGACUUUAAAUUGUUCCAUUAUUGUAGUUUUUAUUAUAGUUACAUUUAAAGUAGUAUUUUCACAAGAUGAAAAAACUGUAUAUCAAUGUUUAUUGCCAUUGCAAAAUAUUGACGACGAUGUGUCAUUUUUCUUGCAUACCAAGCAAUAUACUAUUCAACUUAAAUCGAAUCAAGAAUCUAUUGAAAAUGCAAAGUUUGUAAAUGAUAAAAAAAUAAUUAUUUUAAUACAUGGAUACUGCAGAAAUAAAGAUGCUCCAGAAAUCAAAGUUAUAAGUAAAGCAUACUUAAAUGGAUUAAAGGAUUACAAUAUUAUAUAUGUGGAUUACUCUAGUAUUUCCCGAUUUAUUAUUUCUAACCAUGUUUUUUAUGGAACUGAAUAUGUUUAUAAUGUUAUAAAACUAUCACACGUUGCAAACAAAAUUUCACAAUUUAUUGAAUUGGUUAAAAAAGUAAAACCUCAAAUUGAAUAUGUGCACAUAAUAGGGCACAGUUUAGGAGCUCAAUUAGCAGGCAAAAUUGGAAAGGUGUACUCGAGAACAGGAGGAAUAAUUGAUAGGAUAACUGGUUUAGAUCCUGCAGGAAUUCUAUUUACUUUAUUGCCUGAUUUAAAUAGAGAAAGUGGAAAAUUUGUAGAUAUAAUUCACACAAAUAUUGGAGGUUAUGGUGAAAUUCGACAAACUGAAGGAGCAGUUAAUUUUAUAGUUAAUGGUGGUGUGGUUCAGCCAUUUUGUCCAACAAAAUUAUAUCCAGCAAUUUUUUUUUGUUCUCACUCAGUAUCAACUUACUAUUAUGCGCAUUCUAUUAAUAAUGUAUUAUUGGCAAAAUCAUUAGCAUGCACUAAUAAUUUAAUCAUAAGCCAACAAAUAGAUUGUAACAAAGAAGUCAUUUUUGGCGAAAAUAUUUCACUUAAUGCUACUGGAAAUUAUGGUAUACAAAUUGCAAUUGAUUAUAUCAACUAAUCAUGACAGUAGUUAUCAAUAAUAUUCAGAAAACAAUGUAUUAUAAUUUAAUACUAUCUUUCAAUUGUAAAAUAUCCCUUAAUUACCCAGAAUUUUAAAUAAUUUUAAGUAUAAAUUAUAAAGUAUAAAUUAAGAAUUUUAAGUAUAAAUUUUACACGAUUAUACAUAAAAUUAAUAGCAAAGAUAAUGAAAUUCAAAUUAUUAUAAUAUACAUUGACAAAA